AUGUCACAUUACAACAAUGCAACAAUUAAUCCUAACUUUAAAUGGGUUGGAGUAGGCCUCUCUUUUCUUCGUCAAUGUAGUAACACUUAUGGUGUGUUUGACGAUGUACCUCCUUUAACAAAUCCACAAGUCGUAGAUCUCUUAGAGGUUGCCUCACCUACAUCUUGCUAUGUAUUGGAUGAGAGUUACAAUCAAAGAGCAGAGGGUGAAAACCCUCAAGGAACCUUUGACGUUGGACCAGCGACGGCCUAUUUCGACGGUCAAACCAUUCAGAUGAAACCUUUUUACGAUGAUCAACAAUCUUGUGUUUCAUGGUAUGUUGGAUCAAAUGGAAAGGUAUACUUUGCAGCGAGUUCGUGGACGUUUACGUAUUGUGCCUCAAGUUUGGCAGAAUUUACAACAAGAGUGUCAAUUGAAUCAGCAUUGUGGUCCAUGGCAAGUUCAAGAAAGAGAAUUCAAGAGAAUAAGAAAAAAUUUACACCUGAACAAUUAGAAUACAUAGAUUAUUAUCUAGCAAAGAUUCCUCCUCCUCCACCUCCAAAGGAAGCAAAAAAACCUCAACCCAAUCCUACAAUAAAUGAUCCAUAG